AUGUCCUUCUCUCAGUUCGGAUACCCCUACAGCACCACUUCACAGCCCGAUGGGGCUGCCUCGACAGUCACUCGGCGCCGUCCCGCUCUCUCCUCUCCGCAGUUCUUCGUGCCCGCCAGCCCCAGCACGACCUGCUGCGAGGCCGCCCCCCGCUCCGGGCCGGAUGCCUCCUCGGCGCCGGCCGCCGCCUCCCUCUGCUGCGCCCCGUACGAGAGCCGGCUGCUGGCGCCCGGCCGCGCCGAGCUCAAUGCCGCGCUGGGCAUGUACAGCGCCCCGUACGCCGCCGGCCAGGGCUACGGCAACUACCUGCCCUACGGCGCCGAGCCCGCCGCGCUCUACACCGCGCUGAACCCCCAGUAUGAAAUCAAAGACGGCGCCGGCACGUUGCACUCGGGAAUCGCGCAGCCCGCUACCUACUACUCCUACGAUCAUUCCUUGGGGCAGUACCAGUACGACAGGUACGGGACGGUGGAUUUCGGUGGUUCAGCCAGACGCAAAAAUGCAACGCGAGAGACGACGAGUACUCUCAAGACCUGGCUAUACGAGCACCGCAAAAACCCCUACCCCACCAAAGGAGAGAAAAUCAUGCUGGCUAUCAUCACUAAAAUGACCCUGACGCAAGUGUCCACUUGGUUCGCUAACGCCAGACGGAGGCUUAAAAAAGAAAACAAAAUGACCUGGUCUCCUAAGAACAAAGCGGGGGAAGAGAGGAAAGAAGAAACCCCGAGGGAAGAGGAUGAAUACAGUGCGGAGGGUGAAGGCAGAGAGCAGAAGAGCUACAAGGAGGACAAGGACCUGCGUUUCAGCGACCUGGAGGAGGAGGAAGAGGAGGAGGAGGAGGCGGGGAAGCCGGAGAAGGGCCGGACCAGCUCCCUGCAGGAAGCCCCCAGCCUGGGCGCGGCGCUGCCCGAGGCUCCGCGGAGCGACUGCAGCCUGCCUGGCCCCUUCCACGCCUUUCCAUGUGCCAAGGCCCCCGCCGCGGACUUCGCCCCCGCCUCCUUGGCCGCCCCGCCGCCGCCCUACGCGCCCGCGGAGAAGCCGCGCAUCUGGUCGCUGGCGCGCACCGCCGGGGCCAGCGCGGCGCGCAGGGGCAGCCCCGAGGGCCGCGGCGCGGAGGGAGGCGGCGGCGCGGCGGGGGAGCAGCCCCAGCCCGCCAAGGCCUUCCGGAGCUCCGCUUUCAACCUGCAGCCGCUCCCGCGCAGUUGCGCGUCCCACCGCGGCCUGGGGGAGCCGUGCCAGUUCGCGGCGGCGGGCGAAGGCUUCGGGCGGGGCGCCAAGGGCGGCCCGGGAGGCACCGAGAUGGGUGGGACCUGCCUGGACAGGCUGCGGACGGCGUUCCGGCCCGUGCUGCGGAGGUGAGGUAGGUGACGGGCCGGCUGCCGGGGCCGCACCUCGCACGAAGCGCACGCCAGCCCGCCUGGCCCUGGGACACCGGAGCGGCCCUGGCCUGAGAGCGCUGCGCCAAGGCCGCCGCUUUGCUCCGCUCCCGGAGCUCCCGUCCGGGCGGGGCAGCAACCCGCGGCCACUUAGCUACAGCUUAUCACCGCUUCUCCGUCCCGCAGGGCCGCCCGCCCCAUCCUGGGCGCUGGCGACGGGGCUCCGGCUGUAAGGAAGCACUCAGCUUGCGGAACGAAGGAAAUCUCUCCCGGGGCCGGCGGCGGCCUCGCGGCUCCGCCUGCCCUGCCCUCGCCGGGGAAGGGCCGCCGCGGCACAGCGUGCUGCGCACAUGGGGCCGAGGGGCACGGCGGGCGGAGUGGCCGCAGGACCGGCGCCUCCCCGCCGCUCGCCUGCCAUGUGUUCAAUAUUGCCCAUUGACGUCUUUGCAAAAAGGAAGAAAAACCCACACCCUAAUAUUUUCUCUUUCCCCCCCACCCCACGUCGUGGUUUGUUUCUCCUUUUCCUCCCAAACCUGCGCUCUCUGCUCAGCGCCCUGAUCUGCCAAGGGGCACCAGUGUGCAGUUGCUCCGCGCCAUCCAGGGGAGGAGAAGGAGGAGAAGCGGCGCAGGUUACGCCGGACUGUUUUUUCCCCCGUCUCUGUACAUAGAUUCCGCUGAAAGUAUUUUUCAGAGUCUCUAAUUAACACGGAUGAGCUGUACUCUACGAAGCCGUCAGUGACCUCGGAGCUCUCCAGCCAGGAGCCGGCACAGCCCGGGAGGAGCGGCCCCGGACACCCGCCACCCGCCCUGGGGCACGGCCGGGGCACCCCCGGGCAGCGGGUGGCGACCGGGCGGCGAAGUAGGACGUUGUUAGUGGGUCACCGCCGUCAGUCAGUCAAAAGAGCAGUGCUGCACUUUACAGGACAGACGAGAAAGAGAAACCGUAUCUCUGCAUUAUUUCUGUUUAAUUAAAAGUGUCAUCAAACACUUUGUGUUCAGACUAAUAAACCAAGCAGGGAUGAGGAAAGAAUGUUUCUUUGUUCCCGUCUCUA